AUGAAAUUCUCACAAACUACUUUACUCGCUGUCUUGGCUUCAUCUGCUUUUGUUUCAGCCGCUCCAGCCAUUGUUUCUGAACAAACCAUGGUUAAAAGAGAAGAUGUCAACGAUGUUUUGGCCAUCUUGAAAGAAAUCAAAGAACACAAUGCCAAGAGAGAAUACUUGGAAGGUGAUGCAUUGAUUGAACAUGACAAAAGAGCUGACUCUGCUUUGGGCAAUUUGAUUACUGCCUUGAGCAACUCUGGUAUUAUUGGUCAAAUUUGGAACACUUUGACCACUAAUGAUGCUAUCAAGACUUCACUUUCGAACAUUGUUAAAGAUGCUAUUCAAACUGCUGUUGUUCAAGGUCCAGCUUUGAUUUCAGCUAUCUGGAACUCUGGUUUAUUGGGAAACAUUUUCAACACUUUCUUGAACGAUGCUGAUUUGAGAAACGCCUUCUUGGGAGUUGCUCAAUCCAUCUUUGGUACUGCCGUCAACUUGAUCACCUCAUGGUUGAGUGGAUCCUCAUCAUCAUCAGGCACCACCACUGCUGCAGCUUCCGCCUCAACUGGUGCUGCUGCCAAGAGAGAACUUUUGGAUCUCAAUGCUGAAUACAUUGACAAGAGAGACUUGUCAUCAAUCAUUCAAUUCAUUGUUCAAGAAAUCUCAGACUCAGGAAUUGUUUCCUCAUUGGUUAACAAGGCUUUGGCUGAUCCACAAGCCUCAAUCAGUUUCUUGACUUCAGCUUUCCAAAACGGUUUGGUCAUUGCUCAAGAUGUUUACGACUGGGCUAAACAAUCAGGAUUGUGGGACUCUGCUUUGUCUUACAUUUCAGCCAACGCUGGUACUUGGGCUAGUGCCAUUGCCUCCUUCUUGGGUAAUGCUUUGACCUCUGGUAAAGUCAGUGCUUCAGAAAUUGACAAUGCAAACUCUGGUAACUCAGCUAGAUCUACUGCUCCAGUUAGCACUGCUGCCGCUGCUGCUGCAAACUCCGCUAUUGCUGCCAACACUGCUGCUGCUGCCAACACUGCCGCUACUACUAGUGCUCCAGCUGCUAUUACAUCCAAUGCUGCCGCUGCUACUGGUGCUUCUGCUGCUGCCUCGGGUAACAAUGAUGCCUUAAACUCUUUGAUUGGUAAAUAUGGUGGUUCAUCUGCUACCGAUGCUGCUGCUGCUGUAGAUACCUCAGGAUUGUCAGGAAGCGUAAACCAAUUGGUAAGUGCUGCUGGCCAAGCUGCUUCAUCUUUAAAGAGAAGAAACUACUAA